AUGGUUGUUUGCAAAAGAGAUGCACACCUUGCUUUGAAUCAGCUAUCAGACUAUCGUAAUCGCUUAGAUAGUCAGAAGGAUGGAUUAUUGGUGGAAGCUCUCAAUCGGUUGAUGAAUGUAUUCCAAAGUAGACUGUUUCUAAGCUUACUAGAUAUACAAGAAUUUUAUGAAGCUAUCCUACUUGAUCCACAGAAAUCCAAAGAAGAGAAAACUUCUGCUGCACUUGAAAUAGCAUCCAGAUGGGAGAAUAUAUCAAGUCCAUCACUGGUGGCUUCAACAACUGACUUAAGAAUACCACACAGUUUAAUGAAUAAGACGAAUAAUUUUGAUAGAGCACGUUCAAUGUAUCAUAUAAACUUGGAUGAUUCACAAACUCCUCGACUAUCUCAGCCUAUUCAAUCAUCACCGAAUAAUCGUCGACAUCUCCUUCCUCCACAUGAUGAUUAUCAUCAUCCUCAUUUGUCAAAUUUAAAUAAAUCCUGGAAACAUAUAGAACCAGAUCAACAAAGAUUUGACUAUGCGACAUCGUCUAUUUCGCUGAACAAUAUGAUGAAUCAGUCGUCAUCAGUAGAAAAUGUAUCAUCUAAUGUUCAUCAUGUAAUAAAAAAGCAUAAUAAUAAUAUUCAUAAUUCCGAUUUCAAUCCUCAGUAUCCUUUGUACACACAUGUAAACCGAGUCAAAAUGAGCACGAUGCUAGGAAACAACCGCCUUCUAUCGUACCUGUGGCUAAACCACGACAAAAACGUUUAA